AUGCCUACCUUCCAAUCCAUCUUGAACUGCCAGCGAUUCGAAGUACUUGCUCUGCACAAAGUCAGGAAGUGGGAGAGCCAAGGCGAGUCACGGGCGCAACAAUGCUCCUCAAUAAUCGAGUCGAAUAUCGUGUCGGAUACAAUACUCGAGCUCUUCGUCGUGUCUUUUCUGGGCCCAUUGCUCGUGCAUAAGUCGUUCGGAUUUGCGACAGUUGCGCUUAGGGAUAGCCUUGCUCUGUUCGUGGAGGCUAGGCCCAUCGGCCUCUUCGCUGGCGUCAAAGGCGAAACUCGGAUCGGUGAGUUGUGGACUCGGAUCAACGCGACAGAAAGCGGGCGAGCCAAGUGCGAGAACAUCCCGGCGCUGGAGCAAGAUACGACAGCCAUUGGUGCCGAUGAUGUGGACAACUCUGUUUCACUAUUGCCUUCACGUAACUCUGUACAGCGGCGGUGUCCAACAAGGCAGCUGCACAAGCUUAUAAAGAACUUGCCUCACAAUGCCAAGAUACUGUGAGUUGAGCUUCUUGUGGAGUCUCUUCAUGUCUGUUCAACACGCUUACUUACAUAGUGUGCUUCUUAGAGCGCCUACAAUUCGUUGAACUUCCAAAUGGAGACAUUUGCUGUGAUCGGCUCCAGCUGUGUGGAGCGCAAGGAAGGUCGCGUGUUCCGGUGUUCCGCUGGGGCAGAGGCUUUCUCUAAACGCAUGGGCUGGUUUGGAACCGACCAGGAACUUGAUAUAGUCAAGCGCUUCACCAAAGUCGUAACUGGCCAUGCUGCGAGAAUCAGUGAAUGGACCAAUCCAGCUAGGUGCGCGGUGGAGAUUCCAACUUGA